UUUCCUGCUAUUUCUGCAACUAGACAUACCCUAGAUGUAUACACAGAUGAGGUACCUACAUAAGAAGGUUCGCUACACAGGCAAUACAUAGCCCUGGAAAACCCUGGAGGAAUCUACAGGGGGACAGUAGCUACUGCCGCUUGCUGGUGUAACCCGCGCUUCUGAUUCUCGGUGCUCAAUCUUCCUUUUAGACAAAAGCCCGCCCAUUACCAACUGUCUGGAUCCCCUCUUGCUUUCUCUCUCUCUUCUUCCUCCUUCCUCCUCUCUUCCUUUUCCCUUUUCCUCUCCCUGCCUCCCACUUACUCUCCUUAUUCGCAUUUUACCCUCUCUUAUCUUUUACCUCCAUCGCCCGUCGGGAAUACUUCAUUGUUUCUCUUCACCUGUCGCUGCUGGUUACAGCCUCGAAGAGAAGCCCUAAUAAUUCACGCACGAGGGCGAGAGACUGAAGCAAACCGCGAACCUGCAACGCCGCUUGCAGCCUUAGAAGUAAUCUACAAUUUACAAUUUACAAAUCAUACACAAUCUACCUUAUUACAGACCCGUUCUACCGGUUCCUCCACAAAUCUACCCGUAUGAGCUCUAGGCAAUCUAGAAAACUUAUACCUGGGAUACCUAUCCUGAACCUCAUCAAAGAUCAUCCACCUGUUACGGUCACGUAGAGCUUUAAUGACCCGAAGCUCCCAAGGUUGGGGUCAAGCUCUGGCUCGUCAAGCCCAGGCACAGGAAUGUUCCAGCCUCAACCAACUCCGUACUCUCCCUCUUAUACUUCUUAUGGAGUUCACAUAGCCAACGCAGAAGUUCCCGAAUACGCCUUCCAGCCUACUCCGUUGGUACAAUUCGGGACAGGGCAGUCCGGCGGUAGUGGUGGCAGCCUUGGUGGUGCAGGUGUAGGCGCAGUCCCAGGGAGUGGCAGACCAACGACGACCGCCGACGUCUUCGCCUCGCAUAUAUUCCACAAUCCUAAUUCUCUAAUAUCCACUCCAGCCAACAACCCAAGCCAUCAUCUUCCUUACAACCACAGCAAUUCCCAAAUACCCCACAAUCACCACCAAACUCGUCGCAAUAUCAAGAUGGAACCGCAACUCCAAACCGACCUUGCCCAGCAGGAGGCUGCAGCCCGCGAAUUCAAGCCUCAAUUAGAGGGUCCUUUAGUCGGCGAGAGAAGACCGAGCACGGAGAUCACUGAGGAAUAUGCUAAAGCAGACCCCAUAUACGUCGCCAAAACCUUGGCCCUACCCCAGACGUAUUCCCACUACCGCCCGAUCCAGGGCGACGGUAAUUGCGGUUGGCGAGCAAUCGCCUUCGGUUAUUUCGAGAGUCUGGUACGACGUGGCGACGCAAAUGAGGUCUCGGGAGAGCAAUCCCGGAUAAACAGCUUCAACCAUUACAUCGAGCAUGUCGGUGGCCACAGUUCGUGGCUAUUCGAAGAUAUGGUGGGCGAGACUUGGUCCUUAUUGCAAGCUAUAGCCACUGCUAUGUCUACCGGUCAAGAUCCUAUGGAUUUGGUGAUGGACAAGUUCAACAACCCCGAGUCGUCGCAGUCUAUCGUCUACCACAUGCGCUUAAUUGCGUCUUCGUGGUUGAAAGGCCAUGCUGCUAACUACGAACCCUGGAUACCCGGUACCAUCGAGAACUACAAUCAAGAUACCAUUAUGCCCAUCGACAGGGAAAUCGAUCACAUAGGUGUAGUGCUGCUUCACGAAUUUUUACUCAAGCCCGCCGGUAUCGUUCUCGAGAUCGCCUAUCUAGAUAGAAGCGACGGCGUGGAGGUUAACGUACAUAGGAUGCCCGAAGAAGCCAACGGACAAGACCCAGCCACGCUAGGGCCCAUGAUCUAUUUACUAUACCGUCCUGGCCACUACGAUAUCUUGUAUCGCGAUUCCGUGAUCCAGACUGCCCCUCCUAUGCCACCCGCACCAACUACCUUGUCGAUUAACAGGGCAACAUCCUUCACGCAUCACCAUGAGAUCGAGAACACUAUGCCUUCGCUCCCAGAUUUCGCGGUGGAUAUGAGCGCGCUGGCCAUGAUACCCGGUUUUGGCGCGCCCGCCGAGAUAUCUCCACUAGCGUCUCCCGCAGCGGCUCCGUCUCCUUUGACGGACCCUUAUGCCCCCUCCCCGCAAUCGCCAUGGAUGCCGCAGCCAUUUCCGGACGGGCUGGCAACCAGGGCUCCGCCUCCUCAACCAAGUCCACCACAGCAACAACCCACGACACCGAUGACGGUGCACCCUCUUCGCUUCAGCAAAUACAACUUCCCUGAUCUAGUAGAGACGAGUUUCCACGAACCCGCUUUCACAACCAAUACUUUUAAGAACAGCCAUUUCAAUGUCGCCCAUUAUAACAAUAUGAACUUCCAACCGGAAAUGUACAGGCCCGAGGCGGAAGAAGAAAUACCACACGGAAAAGGGGGUGGCCGGAAACGGAGUAGCGAGCAUUGCGGCGCAGUCAUCAAAAAGGAGAACAGGGGUUAGAGGUGUUGCUUUCCUCCUGAUUCCACGAGCAUUCUUCCGUUUGGGGUUUGGCAGCUAUUCCCGUCUAUUCCACCCACGGCGUUACUUGGUAAUGAAGACUGAGAGAUACGAAGUCGGUUUUUUACUGACCCCUAGGUAUAUUAAUAUUAUAUACCACGGAGACGAAAUAAUGAAGACGAAAGGUUUUGAUCCAGCAAUCUAGCAUCCUAAUAAGAGAGAAAGAGGAACGCCUAUGAAUUUGGUAUUUUAAUAUGGGAAACAAGAGGGCAGCAGAACUACUAGUGCACGAGAGAUCCUGCUGCCCUCUUCUGAGAAUCGGCAGAGGCUAAACGCAAAAAUUAAGUUGAUAAAGUUCGAGCCGAAAUUAAUACGAUAUCUCCAUCUGAUCUGAACUGGUUUUCUGAGAUGUGAUAACCAUGAUGGUUUCCG